AUGAGCAAGGAUUCAAAAGAAAGAGGAGUCUCAUCUGUAAAUUCCGAUAAAGAAUGCAAAAUCACAUACAGGAAACAAUCAAAUAUGAGCAGCAAUUCGUCCCAAGCGUCUCUUCAAUUACAAUUGCCAAGUCUGGACUCCGCCGAUGAUUCUCAAUACUACAACACAAGUCAAAUAAGCACGGAUAUAAGAAUUGAUGAACUACAGAAUGUUAUUGCAUCAAAAAGCGCGGGAAAAGAGAUCCUGUUUUUCUUGGAAUAUCAGAGAUUACCUGCUAAAGACGAAAACAAAUGCAAUGCUGCCAAGAAGAAAGAAAAUGUCACCAAGAACAGAUUUAAAACGACAUUCCCCUAUGAUCAUUCGAGAGUAAUUCUUGAAGAGAAAUGGGAUGGACAUGAUAAUGAUUACAUCAACGCAAGUUAUAUAAAGGAUUGUGAUGGGGAAAGGCGCUUCAUAGCAGCACAAGGUCCACAAAAAAAUACAUUGAAAGAUUUUUGGAGAAUGAUUUGGCAAGAGAAUAUUGGUUGCAUUAUCAUGUUGACAAAUCUUGUUGAGAAUGGAAAGAAUAAGUGCGCGAAAUAUUGGCCAGAUAGAAAUCAACCAAUGGUGUCUGGUCCAUGUAAAGUGUGUCUUUUGGAAGAAACUACGUAUGCUUUCUAUACGAUUCGACAAUUCUCAAUCCAGAGAAAAAAAUCGGAGGAAGUAAGAACAAUCAAUCAGUUUCAUUACACAGUUUGGCCAGACCAUGGCACUCCUGGUGAAAUUGAACUGAACCAAUUCCACAGAACUGUGACAAAGAGAUAUCAACCAGGUCCACCGUUAUUAGUUCACUGUAGUGCCGGAGUGGGGAGAACGGGGACAUAUAUUGGUCUGAAUGUAUUACUUCAACAAGGUAGAGAAACGGGGUGGAUCAACGUUUUUGAGUUUGUGAAGCAAAUGAGAGAGGAUCGUAUGACCAUGGUUCAAACAGUUGAGCAGUACGUGUUCCUACAUAAGGCGCUACUCUGUGGAUUUCAAGAAAAAGGAGUCAAACUGUCUGAACGUGACUUUCAAACAAAAGUACUCACUUUGCUGAAUGAUACUUCACCUUUUAAUCAACAAACUUUAGCAAAUGAGUUUCAGUUUGUAUCUGUUUUCAAAACCGUUGACGAUAAUGGAUCUAAGGAAGAUGCAAAGAAACUUGAGAAUAUGGCUAAAAAUGUGGAUAUGGACAUUUUACCAGUAACAAAAUACCGACCCUACCUUACAACAUAUGUUAAGGGAAGAAAUGACUAUAUAAAUGCAGUCAUAGCUCCGACAUUUACAAACCAAAAUGGAUUUAUUAUGACACAAAAACCUUUACUGGAUACAGAGGUCGAUCUGUGGCGAUUGUGUAUGGACCACGGAGUAACAGCAAUAGUUGUUCUAAAUGACACUGACGAAGGAAACAACUGGUUGCCUAACAGAGGAGAAACACGACACUCUCAGCCCUUUACCAUAACGGCAAAAGAUACCGGAAGUGACAUCAAUGGCGUUCUACAAGAUAGAUUGCUGAUUACAAUCAGCGGUCAAAAAGCGCAUGUUGACAUCUACCAAACAUCAUCUGGCAAUGACGAGGCUCUUGUAAAAUGUGCAAAAAUGCUACUUGAGAAAGAAAAUGCAUCAACUUCAACUUCUCUUGUCGUUAGCAAGAACGGGGCUGGUCCAGCCGGUAUAUUCUGUGUUUUACAUAACGCCAUUCAACAGCUCCGUAUUGAUAAAGAGGUGGAUAUAUUUACAAGAGUCCGCCAGAUGCAGACUAGGAGACCAGAAGUCAUCACAACGCUUGAAGAAUACUGGAAGUGUUACCAUUUGGUUUCCCGCUCUAUUUCCUCAGAAGAAAUAUAUGAGUAA